AUGGCCAAUUCUCGCUUUGAGUACGUCAAGGCCUUUGAACGAGAGAACUAUCUCCUCCCAGAUACAUACAUUGUUAUUCGUGUGGAUGGUAAAGGAUUCCACAAGUUCAGCCAGGAGUAUUCUUUUGCUAAACCGAACGAUGUACGUGCACUUCAAGUCAUGAACCGAGCUGCUUCGGCUAUGCUCGAGCAGUUUCCAGAUAUUACCAUGGCAUACGGCGAUUCGGACGAGUACCUGUUCCUUUUGCGGCGCUCGUGCGCCUUGUUUGAACGCAGAGAGAUGAAAUUAGUGUCUACGUUUGCAUCUUUCAUGUCUGUGCAUUAUGUGAUGCAAUGGAAUCAGGAAUUCCCAGAGAAGCAGAUACACAGUGGGCGGCUUCCCACGUUUGAUGCCCGGGCAGUUGUUUAUCCUAAUGCAGCAGUAUUACGAGAUUAUUUCAGCUGGCGCCAAGUGGACUGCCACAUCAACAAUCUAUACAAUACGUCUUUCUGGGGCUUGGUGCAGAAAUGCGGCAUGUCAGGUCAAGAGGCGGAACAAGCACUUCUGGGCACGCUAGCAGCAGAUAAAAACGAGAUUCUCUUCUCGAGAUGUGGCAUCAACUACAAUAACGAACCAGAAAUGUUCAAGAAGGGGCUGAUUAUUGUGCGCGAGUAUGAAGACUGGACCCCGGUGGACGAGAAGGGUAUGACGCCGAGACAGAAACAGCGCGUUCAAAAACGGCGGCUGAAGGCGGAGAUUAAGGUUUAUCAUGAAGAUAUCAUCAAGGAUGGGUUUUGGGAUGCUCGGCCGUGGCUCUUGGAAUAG